CACACAAGGGGAGUCUGUAGUCAGCCUGGGGUAAGCCAGCCUCUCCGGACGAACCCCGUACGCGCCCGGACUGCUGACAGUCCUCCGCGCGGAUAACGCCAGUCCAGUCGCGCGGCAACGCCACUUUUAUUUACUUUCUUUGGCAAUCUCCACAACGAACCGUUAACAGCCUCUCAAAUGACAAGGAUGGCAAGUACUCGGACACAGCCUGGACUCUCGGGAAGUUUGCGGAUUUAUGCCUCCAAGUAAAUGGAAUAUAACUGCAUGUAUUAUUUGUCAGCUGACAGGAACCUUGGGUUUAGGGUAUGACCGACUAUAACCGCAUGCAUUACCGUGAUUGCGUUUACUGCAGGACUGCGUGAAGCGUUCUGAGAGUACACUGUGGAUUUGGUACACCUUGCAUGGAGUUGAAUGAGCGCACGCGGCGAUUUUGGCAAGCUGCAAGACAUCCCAGUGCACUGGAAGGGUUAACAAAGGGAACCAAAGGUCAUGGGAGAGGCAGCUCCGACCCAGACCAACCCAAGUGGUUUUGCACCCAUGUUGGGAGUCGGGAUGGGAGGAUCAGUCACACCAAUCACCACUUCAAGGGGAUCAGCCGUUCCUCAGCUCCACAGUGCCAUAGUGGAGCGCUUGCGUGCCAGAAUAGAGCUGUGCCGGCGCCAUCACUCCACCUGUGAGCACCGCUAUGUGCGCGGACAGGCGGAAAGUUUGGACCGGGAACAUGAGAGCACACUCCAUCUCUUGAGCAUCGUCCAUCAGGGCCCUGUGAACAGGAAGAACAGGGGCAAUAGAUCGGCCUCUCAGCAGCCUCCUGGAUUCAGCAGAGUGAACGGUGAACAUAAAGCCCACAGUUUGUCGGAGGCGGAAUCUAAAAUUUCUUCUCAAAUAGCACAGGGACUGAGGAGAAAGAUUGAAGCGCAGUCUCCUGGGUAUACAUCCAAGCAGAAUGGCCUCUCCUGUGGGGCAUCGGGGUCCGACUUCAAGCGCCUCCGCAUGGAACCCAGCUCUUUUCGACCUGGUUCCUGUGCUUUGGCAUCAGGGCAGACGCAAAGAUUGGUAGGGGAUGCCACCCAGGGUAACAGCCUUCGAAGAAAGGACACCUUCAUGAUGCCUCACGGAAUCAGCAGUGAUUUAUUCAACAUAACUCUAAGGGAUAUGAAGAAAGAACCAACUGAAGUUCAGACCUGUGGCCAGUCGUCCACAAAUCUUUCGACGUUGACAUUUGAUUUCAAAGAUGAAAUAAGUGGACAGAUUGACCCAGAGCUCCAGGAUUUGUUCGAUGAGCUCACCAAGACCGUGCCAUCACUCAAUGAUCUAGAGCUGGAGAAGAUGCUAAAGCAAGACGAUAACUUUGUUCUAGAUCUGGGUCGACCCAAUUCAGCUGGUGAGGCCCCUCCUUGUAUUCACCUGGAUAAGCCAAUCAAGACAGAGUACUCACCAGAUUUUAGCCAGGCAGCUAGAAGCUCUCCGCAACUAAGACCAGCCUCUGCCGGACCUUCCUUCUCCAUGGCCAACAACACUUUAUCAACCUCAUCCAUCACUUCAGGACACCAUGGACCUACUGGCGGUUCCUCUCAAGGUCUUCCAGCAUGGCCUGAGAUGUCACAUGCUGAGCAGCUAAAGCAAAUGGCUGCUAACCAACAGCAGACCACCUCAAUGCUCCACAACCACCAGCAGACUCAAGCAGGAGGGGUUAGGAACUGGUCUUCUCCCUCGGGUGUCCACCGAGCCCCUGGCUCUUUUAAUCAGGAGACUCUUUCAGGUAACGCUUCCCUUUCUCAGCAGAGACUCAGCGCUCAGAAUGCUAGUCAGGCCAAAGUCAUGUCCAACUGUUUUCUCAAGCCCAAUGAAUUCAACCCAUCCCAUCACAUGGACACAAAGGUUCUCAACACUAAGCCGAUGCUGCAUUUCAGCCCUAAAGCACCACCUUCCACCACGGCCCAACAAAUACCCAUCAUGGCUGUGCCACCAAACAAAACAACCAUGCAACAGCAGCCAUCUACAGCAGGCCAGGGCAUGCACUUUCAGAAUUGUCAACGGCCCAUGCAGCCAUCUGCUUGCCUACAAACUAAGCCUCUAAGUCAAAGGCCUCAAAGCAGUCAACAUGGUGCUGGAAUCCAUUUCAAAAUGGCACAUCAGCGACAGGGAAUUUCACAAGGGCCUCGUUUACCAGCGAAUGGGUGUUCUGUAGAUAUAACAGGCCCAGCUCAACAGCAGAGGCCUCCGGUUCUCAGUUCUCCGCAGAAGAACCCAGGCCAGGACCAGAACCUUCAAAGACCACUGGGUCAACCGCAGCUCAACGUUUCUGAUCCAGAGAAACUGAGCACACAGGAUCAGUUCAGUCUUCAUCUAACACGACCUCCACCAGACUACAAACACCCAUGCAAUGGAGUUGGUGCUCAACAGCCAAGCUUAUACUCAGGCAAUGGGUCAAACCAAAGUGGCAUCCAACACUUGUCAUGCCAACUACCCAAUGGACAAAGUUCCAAGAUGGUGCCUACCUCAGGAGAGAGAAGGUUUCCACUUGGACAAGCCCCUAAUUCAGGACCCACAGGCUCUCAAGCUUCCACAAACCAGCUCCGACAGCAACCCAACAGCCUGAUCCAAAUGGGGCUUCAGCAAAACAAGCCUCAGUUCCAUGGGACAAACAACCAGAGUGCCACUUUUCAAUCAGGCACUCAGCAUGUGAGGACGAGCAUCCGUCAGGAUUCCCUGCUCGGGCAAAGAUUGGGUGAAAUGAGCACCAAUACCAGCAAGAUGGACACUGCUUUAAACUGGACAAACAGCGGAAAACAGAGUGGAGCUCUGUCAGGACUAGAUGUCAAAAGGCUGUCCAAUACAGUGAUGCCCCAAAGUGACAUUCAUUUUCCUCCAAGGUCUAUUUGCCCACCUAACCAGGUGGCGCCUCAUUCUAACCUAAUAUCCAUAAACCCUGCAAUCAGAAGCUCUGCUCCUAGAGCCAGUCAGCCUAGGAUACCCCCUCUACCUGGGGUGACUUGCCUGACUCAGUCAUCCCCAGAACAGCAAGGUUGCACGACAACAUUUGGAGAGCUGAGCCAAAGCCCAGCAACUUAUCAGAACAACCGGGCAGGUCAGUUGACCUUUGACUUCUUACCAGAGGACGAUAACACGGUACCAGGGAUAAAUGCUGACUCUGAAUUCAUCGACUCCCUGCUUAAAUCAGGUUCAGGCAAUGAUGACUGGAUGAAAGACAUCAACCUGGAGGAAAUUCUAGGUGGACAUUCAUAAAACUUCAAGUUCAAAAAUGUAGUUUGAACUGACUGUAUUAGGAGCCUGAUGUGAAUGGCCUUUUCAAAUAUUUUAUUACUCUUCUAUGUGUGUGGAAAACAAAUGUAUUAUAUGUUCUACUAUAUUCUUGGGUUGUUUCUUCAUAUAGUCUAAUAACAUGUUGUAAAGUUGUUCAUGGUUUCAGUGUUUUAAAUCAACCACAGAGUACAUACCAGAAAAAAUCCAUACCAGUUAUCAUUAAAAUGAAGUGAGAGCUUUUGUUACUGAUGCAUUAAUGCAGAUAUUCAUGUAAAAGCGCCUGUGAUUUGACUGCAAUGAUAGAGACACUGAGCAUGACAUUGGCACAUAAAAAUCUAUUUAUUACACUGUAAAACCUGACAAGUUAACUUAACUCAAACCGUUUGAGUAAACAGAUUGCCUUGAUUUAAACCGUGUAAGUUUUAAAACUUUGCAUUCAAGUAAUUAAGUGAUUAACUAAGUGCUGAUUGAGAAUUAGUGAUGAACAGCUGCUGCUAACAAACAGAAUCACUGAAGAAAAGAGAAACACAAGAACUACUACAACUGACUUCAGACACAGACUUAGAUGAAAUCAACUGAAAUAAAAUACAUGAAAUCUCUCAAGAUCUGAUGAAACAACCCACAAACAGCAUCACCAGCUCCACUUAUUAAUAA